AUGACUUGUUCUUGGACAAAACCAAAUGUGAUUGCCAUCGUUUACAUUGCCACCUUCAUGUCAAUAAUGACCUAUUCCUACCUCCUGAAUAGAAAAUUCUCUUUCACGCUUAGAGUGAAGAAGAACCUCUGCCGAGGGAUUCCCGCCACGAACACCAUGACACCCUUAAAAGAUAAUAGAACCUUUAUCAUUGCUCCAUACUUUGACAACAGAAAGAACAAUAUGACACGAGUGAUUUCUAUAGUCCACCACAAAGACGUCAAGGAACUUUACUGCUGGUUCUGCCACUCAUCCAAUGGUGAAAUAUACAUCUCCAAGGCUCAAAUAGAUGUCCAUUCUGAUAGAUUUGACUUCCCUUACGGUGCCACAGACGUGAAAUGUCUGGAACCACAAGACUGGGAACCACAUUACGUGUCAAUACAUUGGUCUCCUAAAGGAGAUAUUGACCAGCUACCACUUUUUGAAAUAAGAAACCGUGAUCCUGAAGGUUCCCUUGUUGACUUCACAGUCUGCAUCUCAACCAUGUUUGGAGAGUACAACAACGUCCUGCAGUUUGUGCAGAGCAUGGAGAUGUAUAAAAUCCUCGGGGUGGCCCGAGUGGUGAUCUACAAGAACAGCUGCAGCCCACUGAUGGAGAAAGUGCUGGAUUACUACAUUGCAGAAGGGACUGUCGAGGUAAUCCCCUGGCCCAUUGAUUCCUACCUCAAGGUCUCUUUUCACUGGCAUCACUCAAUGGAUCCCAAGGACAUUGGCUACUAUGGACAAAUUACGGCCUUAAAUGACUGCGUCUAUCGCAACAUGUACAGGAGCAGAUAUGUGUUGCUGAAUGACAUGGAUGAAAUUAUUCUGCCAGGGAAAUAUGCAGACUGGAAAACCAUGAUGCAGAACCUUCAACAGCAACAUCCAGAUGCUGGUGCUUUCCUCUUUGAGAAUCACAUCUUCCCCAAAACUGUAUUUACACCCACUGACAUGUUCAACAUCUCCUCUUGGAGCACAGUUCCUGGAGUUAAUAUACUGAGUCACGUUGUUCGGGAACCUGACAGGAAAAACGUCUUCAAUCCUCGGAAAAUUAUCAUUGAUCCAAAUAAAGUGGUUCAGACGUCCGUCCACUCUGUUCUCCAGAUGUAUGGGAAUAGCAUUGAGGUCCCGAUGGAUGUUGCUCUUAUCUAUCAUUGCCGGGUUCCUCAACAAGUAGAUCUUCCUCGAGAAUCACUCAUUAAGGACACAACACUCUGGAGAUACAAUGUGUCACUAAUUGGGAAUGUCAACAAAGUUCUCCAACAAAUAAUUUCAUAA